AUGGCCUUAGCCCGAUUCUAUGGUCUCCCCAAGGUGCACAAGGAGGGCGCUCCUCUCCGGCCCAUUGUAGCGCUCAGAGGCACUCUAACGUACGGACGGGCAAAAUGGCUGUUUCGGUGCCUCACAUUUCUGACUGCUGAUUCGGACUCCACCGUCAGUUCGUCAACACAAUUCCUGGAGAGGCUUAAAGGAGUAAGUCUCUUACCAAAUUAGAUUAUGGUAUAUUAUGAUGUCACGUCUCUCUUUACUUCUAUCCCCCAGGAUCUGGCAAUGGAGACCUCGAGCUACUCCUACGAAGCAAAUACAAUGAAACGGAGAAUCGUCUCGGACAUGCCCCAGUCCUUCGGCUCCUAAAGUUCUGUCUCAGGACGUACUUCACGUUUGACAUAACAAUAUACGAGCAGGUGAAGGGAACACCAAUGGGCUCGCUGAUUUCGAGAUUCAUCACCGAGGCGGUCCUACAGCGGUUAGAGUCGCUGGUCUUCCAACGUCACAGACCGGAAUUCUGGGCUCGGUAUGUGGACGAUACCUUCGUUGUCAUCGAACGGGAUCAGGUGUUGACAUUCCAAAAACAUCUCAACGCCGUCUUCCCGGACAUCCAAUUUACAAUAGAGGAGGAAGAGAACAACCAGCUGGCCUUCCUGGAUGUCCUCGUAUGCCGCAAGGAUUGUGGUGGACUAAAGACCAAAGUGUUCAGGAAAGCGACAAAUACGACGCAAGCACUGAAUUUCAACAGUAACCACCCAAUCGGCCAAAAACGCAGUUGUGUAAGGACGCUCUAUCGGCGUGUCGAAACGCACUGCAGCGAACCGGAAGACGGGGUCGCCGAAUCCCGAUAUCUUCGACGGGUUUUCAGAGAAAAUGGUGCAUGCGCAAACGAGACGAGCGACAAAAUCCUGCCGAUCCCAAAUUCUGGUGAGCGAUCCCGUAUCUGA